GAAUCGUGUUCACAUUUCAAGGUUCAUCGAUUCGAUUGUUUAGUCAUUCAUCUCGUAUUGCUGUUUUUAUUUAUUUUCAUCUGUAUAUGUUGAAGAUAUCACGGACAUUGGACAAUUAGAAUAUAUCCAAUGAUUUCAAAUUGUUUAAUGAUUUUAUUAAUCGGAAUCCUUGUCAUCUUGCUUUCGUUAGCCGUAUUAUUUAUGUUAAUUUCGCCAUCUCGUUAUAACAUUAUUCCAGAUAAUAGGAUAUCGAAAUUUUUUUAUCAUUUAAGUUUGUUGGAUAAUUUUCAUCUUAAUUCUAGGCAAAAAAUGUUGACCAAAUUUACGUUGAUAUUUUUGCUUGCAUUUAUUCUGGUUGCAAUAUUCGUUUCAAGUUUUCUACAUUUAAUCAAUACUGAAGAUGAUUACAAUAAUCAUUUUCAAAUAAAUCAAACACAAAUCCUUAAUGACCAUGUACAAAUUGAUGAUAAAUAUGAAAAUCUCUUCUGGUUCAUCCAUAUUUCCGAUACUCAUCUAAGUUAUUUUCGUGAUCAUGACCGUAAGACUGGCAUGAUUGAAUUCUGUCGUUCAGUGAUACCGAUAAUUCAACCUAGUGUCCUUGUAUUGACCGGUGAUAUUACCGAUGCUCGAACCAAGUUUCCGCUCGGAUCCGAACAGUAUCGUGAGGAAUGGAUCAUGUAUAAGGAUGUCCGUGAACAAUGUUUGAAAGCAAAUCCUAAUCUAAAAUGGCUUGAUAUCAAAGGAAAUCAUGAUACUUUCAAUAGUUAUAAGAAUCACAACGAUUUUAAUAAUUUUACUGUUCAAUCAAAUAUGUCUGCGGAUGGUCGAUCUUAUCGUUAUGAAUACAAAGCAAGCGAUGGAAAUUUUUAUUCAUUCAUUGGCGCUGAUGCAUGCCUUAAGCCUGGUGUUCGUAGACCAUUCAAUUUCGUGGGUCAAUUUGAAGAGAGUGAAUUAAAUAAAUUGAGUAAAUUCAAAGAAGAUAGCCGUGAAUCUACCUACACCAUUUGGUAUGGCCACUAUCCAACUGCUUCCAUCUACAAUCGAGAAAGUUUUCGCAAAAUUAUUAAUGGCCCUUAUUUGUGUGGCCAUUAUCAUACCAUUCAUGGAUUGGUACCGAAUAUGAUCACCACCCAACAGCAAGGAUAUCUUGAAGCCGAAACUGGUGAUUGGAAAGAUUAUAGAAUUUUUCGAAUCGUUGCCAUUGAUCAUGGAUUAUUCACAUUCUCAAAUUACUAUUACCGACCUCAUCACCAACAGCCAUUGAUUGUAAUCACUAAUCCUCGUUCCAUUCUACAUCAAAUGGAACAUUUGGAACCAUUCUGGCGAACAGCCAAUUCAACCCAUAUUCGAGCGCUAAUUUUUUCACAUAGACAAAUCAUCGAUGCCAAAGCUUAUAUAACAAAACAGCAAAAAUUUAACCGUGAUGAAGUUCUUGAAACAUUCGAACUGAAACAGAUACGUGAUUCUCUAUGGGUUAGCCCUUGGUCACCGAAUAAAUACUCUAAGGGAUUGUAUUUUAUAACUGUGAUAACUUCGGAUGAUCAUUAUUCCAAUCAAUUGACUGUACCGUUCUCGUUGGAUCGCUCAAAGUCGGAAUUUUCAUUUUUAGCUCGAUUGAUUUUACGAUUUGAUUUUCGAACGAUUACCAUGUUUUUAUAUUCCUGGGGAUUCUUUAUGGCUACUCUUCCAUUAAUAUUUCUACGAAUUUUCACAUCAAAUGAUGAUAAUUAUAUCAAAUAUAUGUGCAAUCUUUCUCGACGUCGCUACAUUCGCAAAGUGAUUUUCAAAUUAUUUUUGCUAUCACAUCAAGAUAAAUUAUUCUAUCCAAUCAUAAUCUUGCCUUUCUAUUCAUUGGUUGGUCCUUGGUUUCUGGCAUUUUUGGUUUCUGAUUAUGUUGGAAUUGUGUUUGCCUGGGGUCAGUUUAUUGAUGGAACUUUUCUUCCAGUCGGUUUUACAUUUGUUUUUGCCGCAAUUUUCAUAUUGAUCUUCCAUUUACCAUUCAUGGUUGGUCUGUCAAUUGUCGUUUAUCUUCGCUAUGUUGAAAUUGAAAAGAAUGAUCAAAAUGGUAAUGAACAUUCCGAUGACAGCCCAAGAACGAUGAGAAUAAGCUCAAACCGAAUCUUUAAAAAGAUGUAUUUCUACGCUUUUAUCUGUGUCAUUUUAACUGCUUUUCAGUUUUUUACUGCUCUCAUCUUCUACACGUCUUAUGGUUUCUUGGCAUUUAUCACUAAUUUUUAUGUAUGGUCUUGUCUAGUUUAUUUGAUGUUGGUCAAAUUUGCAUUAAAUCUGGAUGGCCAUAAUUUUAAACUGAUGGCCAAAAAAAUGACAUAUCAACCAUGUAGUCAAACUCGAAAUAAUAUAAAUGAUGAUGAACAAAAUUGAAAAUUAUCCUAUUCACCCUUAUGCCGAUAUUAUAUUAUUUUGUAUUAUAUAUUUUUUUCAAAAAUAACUAAUUUCCCUAACAAAUUUCAAGGUUUUAUCAUCUGUUAUAGCCAGACUAAUACUAAUUAAUUAUUUCGAAUUUUAACAUAAAAGGUCUUGAUGACCAAAAUAAUUUUUUUUAUGAUAAGACACUUGGAUUCUAUCCAUGCAAUCAUUCAUCAUGAAUAAUAAUGAUUGAUAACAAGGAUACAUAUUGAUAAAAGUGAUAACUGUGAUCACUUGUCUCCAAGCCGUAAUAAUCAUCUGUCAAUUAAGUCAUGAUUAUUUUAUUUGUCCUCCAAAAUUUAAAUUAUUAUUAUUAUAUUUAAAAAACAUGAAAUUAGCCCAAAAAGAAUAAAUCUGAUAUUUUAGAAUUCAA